AUGGCUUCUUCUUCUUGUUCUCUGAAUCUCUUCGUCUUCGUCUUCUCCUUACUCUCCUCUCUGUUCAUUUCCAAAUCUCAGAUCUCUGCUUCGGUUAACGGAGUCGUUUUCCCCGUUACUCGAGACCUACCAACCGGUCAAUACGUCGCUCAGAUUCGCCUCGGAGACUCCUCGGAGCCAGUCAAGCUCGUCGUGGAUCUCGCUGGUCCGCUUCUUUGGUUCGAUUGUUCCUCGGGACAUGCUUCCUCUUCACGGAGUCUGAUCUCCGGGAGUUCUAGCGGCUGCUUGAAGGCGAAGGUUGGAAAUGACCGAGUAUCGUCGCGUGGAGACCUCAAAGCGGAUUGCGAUUUGCUAGUGAGAAACGGCGCCGUUGGGAUUACGGCGAGGGGAGAGCUCGCAAGAGACGUCUUGUCAUUUGGAUCUGUUUCUUCUCAGGAAACCGUUGAUCUGCUCUUCGCGUGUGCUCCUCCGUGGCUGUUACGAGGUCUCGCAAGCGGGGCCCAAGGAGUAAUGGGCCUAGGAAGGGCCCAGAUCUCUCUCCCCUCACAACUCGCCGCGGAAACCAACGAUCGCCGUCGUUUAACGGUUUACCUGUCGCCGACGAACGGCGUCGUGUCGACUAGCUCGGUGGAGGAGGUUUUCGGAGUGUCCGCGUCUAGAUCGUUGGUCUACACGCCUCUGUCGACGGGCUCGAGUGGCAAUUACGUAAUCAACGUGAAAUCAAUCAGAGUCAACGGGAAAAAGCUCUCCGUAGACGGUCCGUUGGCGGCGGAACUAAGCACGGUGGUCCCUUACACGAUGCUAGAUAGCUCAAUCUACGCGGUGUUUGCUGAAGCUUACACCAAAGCUGCGACUAACGCUACAUCAGUGGCUCCCGUAGCACCUUUCGGGCUCUGCUUCACGAGCACGUCUUCGUGUGAUGUAGAGUUUCCGGCGGUGGAUCUGGCGUUGCAGAGCGAGAUGGUGAGGUGGAGGAUUCACGGGAGGAAUCUAAUGGUGGAUGUUGGCGGUGGAGUACGAUGCUUGGGGAUUGUAGACGGCGGAUCGAGUCGGGUCAACCCGAUUAUAAUGGGUGGGCUACAGUUAGAAGGCUUUGUAUUGGAUUUUGAUUUGGGUAACUCGAUGAUGGGGUUUGGGCAAGUAACACGCUCUGAUUUAGAUUCCUUGCAACCAGAAGCUUUGUAG